UCAUAGCGCAACUCAUAACCCAAACCCGGAUUUUGAAAUCCGGAAAACCAAACCCGUUAAACAUGGAUCCACAUAUCGAACGUCGAUCAACAAAUACGUACACUCUUUCUUUUUUCUAAUUGCCGGUUCCAGUGUAUAAACAAACCGCCAGUGACAUCACCACCAUCCUCAACACAGAUUCAGAAACAGAACAAACAAACCCUAGCUAGGGUUUAAUCUAAUCCAAUAGAAUACUAUACAGGAGCUGGGCGCUGAAUCAAUUAAAAGAGAGGCAAGAUGAGGAUUAUGAUUAAGGGAGGCGUGUGGAAGAACACGGAGGAUGAGAUCCUUAAAGCCGCCGUUAUGAAAUAUGGUAAAAACCAGUGGGCACGUAUCUCCUCGCUUUUGGUUCGUAAAUCCGCUAAGCAGUGUAAGGCUCGUUGGUACGAAUGGCUGGAUCCCUCCAUCAAAAAAACUGAAUGGACAAGAGAAGAGGAUGAGAAGUUGCUUCAUCUUGCUAAGCUUAUGCCCACACAAUGGAGAACAAUUGCUCCAAUUGUUGGCAGAACUCCAUCUCAGUGUCUUGAGAGAUAUGAGAAACUCCUUGAUGCAGCUUGUGCCAAGGAUGAGAACUAUGAACCUGGUGAUGAUCCACGGAAAUUGCGUCCUGGAGAAAUUGACCCAAACCCGGAAUCUAAGCCUGCUCGUCCAGAUCCAGUUGAUAUGGAUGAAGAUGAGAAGGAAAUGCUUUCUGAAGCACGAGCUCGUUUAGCUAACACUAGGGGUAAAAAGGCAAAAAGAAAGGCUAGAGAGAAACAGCUUGAAGAGGCUAGGAGGCUUGCUUCUUUGCAAAAAAGGAGAGAACUUAAAGCUGCUGGGAUUGAUACUAGGAAAAGGAAAAGGAAAAGGAAGGGAAUUGAUUAUAAUGCUGAAAUUCCCUUUGAGAAAAAGCCUCCUCCAGGUUUUUUUGAUGUUACUGAUGAAGAUAGGCCUAUAGAACAAGUUAAAUUUCCAACUACCAUUGAAGAACUGGAAGGGAAGAGGAGGAUUGAUGUAGAAGCUCAGUUAAGAAGACAAGAUAUUGCAAAGAACAAAAUUGCACAAAGACAGGAUGCUCCUUCGGCCAUACUACAGGCAAACAAGAUGAAUGAUCCAGAAACAGUUAGGAAGAGGUCAAAACUGAUGCUUCCUGCACCUCAGAUUACAGACCAUGAAUUGGAGGAAAUUGCCAAAAUGGGUUAUGCUAGUGAUCUUCUUUCUGGGAACGAGGAACUGACAGAAGGCAGUGGUGCAACGCGUGCUCUUCUUGCAAAUUAUGCACAGACACCGCAGCAGGUAAUGACACCAUUACGAACCUCACAAAGAACGCCAGCUGGUAAAGGUGAUGCUAUUAUGAUGGAGGCUGAAAAUCUGGCCAGGUUGAGAGAAUCACAGACACCAUUAUUAGGAGGAGAGAAUCCAGAGUUGCACCCUUCAGAUUUUUCUGGGGUCACUCCUAAGAAAAGGGAGAUACAAACACCUAACCCCAUGCUGACUCCUUCUGCAACUCCUGGUGGUGUGGGACUUACUCCUAGAAUUGGCAUGACUCCUUCGACGGAUGGCUAUUCUUUUGGUGUGACCCCUAAAGGAACUCCCAUCAGGGAUGAGCUCCACAUAAAUGAAGACAUGGAUAUACAUGAUAGUGCAAAGCUUGAACAAAGAAGACAAGCUGAUCUGAGAAGAAACUUGCGCUCUGGUCUGAGUAAUCUUCCACAGCCCAAGAAUGAGUACCAAAUAGUUAUCCAGCCACCUGCGGAAGAUAAUGAAGAACCAGAAGAGAAGAUUGAAGAAGACAUGUCUGAUAGGUUAGCCCGAGAAAGAGCUGAAGAAGAAGCAAGGCAACAGGCAUUACUUCGUAAGAGAUCAAAAGUGCUGCAGAGGGAGCUUCCUCGACCCCCAGUUGCUUCAUUGGAACUUAUUAGAAAUUCUUUGCUGGGAGCUGAUGGAGACAAGAGUUCCUUUGUUUCCCCUACUUCUACUGAACAGGCUGAUGAAUUGAUCAGAAAGGAACUUUUAACACUACUAGAGCAUGAUAAUGCUAAAUAUCCCUUUGAGAAAAAUGCAGAGAAGAAAAAGAAGAGCUCCAAGCGUUCUGCUAAUGGAUCUGCUGUUCCUAUUCCUGUGAUUGAAGAUUUUGAAGAAGAAGAGCUGAUGGAGGCUGAUAAAAUGAUUAAGGAAGAAACUCAGUAUCUUCGUGUAUCAAUGGGGCAUGAAAAUGAAUCCCUUGAUGAAUUUGUGGAAGCACACAAUACCUGUUUAAACGAUCUCAUGUACUUCCCCACCCGAAAUGCUUAUGGUCUCUCAAGCGUAGCUGUAAAUGUGGAGAAACUUGCAGCCUUUCAGAGUGAAUUUGAGAUUGUGAAGAAGAAGAUGGAUGAUGAUAAGGAGAAGGCUUUACAUCUUGAGAAAAAAGUCAAACUUCUUACACAAGGUUAUGAGAAACGGGCUGAAAAUCUUCGAAACCAAGUACAGUCGACUGUCAAACAGAUGGAGACCACUGGAACAGAACUUGAGUGUUUCCAAGCACUGCAGAAGCGAGAGCUACUGGGAGCAUCAAACAGAAUAAAUGGUCUGUGGGAAGAAGUUCAGAAGCAAAAGGAGCUUGAGCAAACAUUACAGAAGCGCUAUGGAGAUCAGCUGGCUGAACUGGAAAGAGUAAGUCAAUGCAUAAAUGAAUACAGAAUACAGGCACAAAAACAAGAAGAAAUUGCUGCAGCGAAGUGUGCACUUGAGGCAGCUGCAGCAAAUAAAGUCAUUGAGCAAAAUUCAGAAGCCUCCAAAUCUUUACCUUCAGAGGAACUUGGAAGGUCAGAGCCAGUUGAGCCAUCUCAUGGUGAAAAUCCAGGCCCACAAGUGGGUGCUGCUCACAUAGAUGAUGAUUCAGGGAAAUAUCAUAUAAUGCCUACCACAGAUGUGAGUGAAAAUGUCGUGGAAGCCAAUCCAGAUGCUGCUGUCCUGGAAACUGUAAAAGAUAGCGGCUCUGCUGAUGAGCAUGUCAUAGAAGUUCCCAGUGCUGAAGGUUACAAUGCAUCCUUGACUUCCAAAGAGUCAGAGGCCAAGGAAAAUUUGCCUAUCAUGAAUGGAGUUUCUUUGGACAAACAAACCGGAGAUGAUAGUGCUAUUUCAGAACUGAUCGACACAGAAUUGGAUGGGAAAACAGAGAAUGUGGCGAUAGGUGAUUAAAAAUCUCCCUGAUUUUUACAGUAACCUUUUGGGAACUAAAAAAUUGAGAAAUGAGAUUGGGAUGUAAUGCUUGGGUGUUCCAGUGUGAUUUGGUGGGGACAUUGGUGAUUGUGAUUGGAAGUAGAACUUGAAUCAUGGAUGCCUUUUGAAAUGCUGAAAUAGGGACCAGAAAAAAGAGUUUUAUCAGGUCCAGUGUACUGUGUAACUGUUACUGAACCGAAACUUUAAUAGUACUUACCCUCGGGAUAAUUUACUAAAUAACUUUUAGAUUUAUUUUUCCCUCAAGCUGUUGUGUAAAUGUAAACAUAAUUUCAGCCAUUAAAUUUCUUUCUUGAUCCUCUUA